UGCACCAUUUUGUAAGUCGCUCUGGAUAAGAGCGUCUGCUAAAUGACUUAAAUGUAAAAUGUAAAUGUAAAUUGAGUAGUGUGUGAUAUGUAUAUGUUGUGAUGGAUUGUUAAUCUCAUGCCCUAUUACGAAGCAUUAAAACAUUAUUUUAAAGCUAGGGAAAAGAGACUAUUUAUCAAAAUGGUCAGACCAGAGCCAUAUACCGUAUCGAUCUAUAACGUAAUACUGCUUCGAUGUUACAGACAUUUUAGAUAACAGUCAGUUUCUUUCUUACCAGAACCUGGAUGCCUUGGAUAAGAAGUUUGUACUUGACAUAAUUUCUGUAUGCAUUGAGCAUAAAAAGUUAUUGGAUGUUGUCAUCAAUGUCUUGUAUGCUCAGAAUGGGAAAUGCUUACUGAAGGCUGGUUAUAACCAGUUUGCCAGUAAAUUCAUCACAGAAUGUUCAAUAACUAAAUUCUAGAUAAUGCUUUCAAAAUGGUAUAACAAACGCAUGAUCUGACCAUUUGUCUCUUCUAUAUUUGUCAAUCCACAGUAAUCUGUUACUUCAGCAUGUUCCUCCUUGAUGACAUGGGACUGCAGUGCUUCAGCAAGAUUGUGAACUCUCUUAACUUCAAAAGUUAGAAACACAUUUUCUGUGGUCUAAUGGCACCAACAAUGCAAUUAUUUCACAGUUUGAGGUCAUUUUAUGGCUCAUAAAAUAAAUCAACUUUCUCGGACAAUCCAGUCACUUACCUUCAUAUAGAGGGGGUCAUCUGUGUGGUAUUUUUUGUGUCAUGAAGUUUGAGUGUCAAACUGUAGACUGUUAAGGUAAUGAAACUGUACUUGGACUGUGAAUGACAGAGUAAAUUAUGGUUAAGUAGUUCCUAAGUUUCUUUUUCAACAUCACAAACCUCAGUACCUGGAUCCAGGGGGAGUGGAGUGAGAUCUAUGAUAAUGCCUAUGUGAAGAGGAAGUGGAUUGCCCCACUGCUAAAGUACAUAAUUCAGGUUAUACCUAAAGACAUUGAUGCACUCAUGCUGUCUUAUUUCAUUUUUUUAUUUUUCAUGUCUUCCCUGUCUUGCCAUCUCUUUUUCUAAUAGAUAAACAUUUCCCCACUAGGUGGAGCCCUGAGAUUGAGAUUCUGAUGGCUCAGCUUGCAGCCAGAAUCUCUGAGGGAGUCAACUCAAGAAAGCCACCAAGAAAAACACUGAGCCCCAGGAAUUUUCACUUUCCAAACUCAUAGCUCACCCUCUUCCUGCACCGGAGGCAACCCCCCUGCAGGAGAAACAGCAGCCAGUCAGUAUCAUGUUUCAGUUUUACUAUAGGCUACCGCUUCACAAUGGUGCUUUUUUUAUUUGGAAACAUUGAGCUGGGGUCCAAAGUCAGAAUGUUAUUGACAAAAUAUCAUAAUAGAUAUGGUAUUCUAUUUGUAUAACCUUCAUAGUAACAGCUGCUUAUUUAGUCCUGGGUACCAACCAGCACCUACAUACCUCCAAAAGAAAAGCAGGUCUUAGAGGAGGUCAAACAGAGGAAUCGUCAGAAGGCAGAGGUAUAUUGUGUCUGGUAUCUCAUUUUGACACAUGCCGUUUUUCUCCUGCACUCAUACAUGCAUCAAACCCCUAUUUCCUUUUCCACUUACAGCAAGUCAUGUAUGAGGCAAACACUCAAAAGUUCAAGUGUCCAAUCCCACAAAAGUCUGAGCACACCAAGUUAGUUACAUUUUCCCUGCAAGAGACUUUCAAAUAAUUUUUCUUGCUUCAAGGUUCUUUUUUGUAUAUCAGCAUCCUGUCUCCAUCCAUGCUGAAUCAUACUGUACUGUCUGAUUUCCAGUGUCAUAUCCUAGAUUGUGCGAAGCCACGCUCAAGUUUGAUUCACUCCACACCUCUGGAACUCCAGCCACCCAUAAGGAUGGAGCAGCUGGUGGAGGGGGUGGACAAGCCCGCUUCAUUCCUGCAGUGGCAAAAGGAGAUGCGGGAACUGAACCUCCAGGAGGAGCUUGCCCAGGUGGAGCGCCGGCGUCUGGAGGGACGCAUCAGUUAUGAAAAGGCUGCUCUCGCCCGCACCGGCAUCAUGGAGCGCAACCAGAAGACUGCACUGCUAAAGAAGGAAGAGACUGCCAAGCUGAUGCAGAGAUACGUAAACAAGCAGUUGCAGGAGGAGAAAGAGAUGAGAGACCUGGAGCAAGAGAUGGUAGAUGGACACAAAAACUCAAAAGCAGCUAAAGUGAAGCUGCAGGAGUUCACACAGCGUAUAGUAAAGGAAGUGUCGGAGCAGUGACUCCCCAGGAACCUCCCCAGCUCCUGGUUCAGGAGCUGGUUCAUGACGUGAAUUGGUGGCCACUGUCAGAGACAAUGUCCUCCGGAAGGCCAUAUUGCCGGAAGACCUCUAAUGGUUUCACCACCAUUCUGGUGGUUGUGGGCAAAUUCUCAAAAUCAUGCCGGUUUAUUCCUCUCUCUUGUCUCCCUGUCAAUCAAAUGUAUUUAUGAAGCCCUUUGUACAUCAGCCGCUGUCACAAAGGGCUAUAUAGAAACCCAGCCUAAAACGCCAAACAGUAAGCAAUGCAGAUGUAGAAGCACGCUCUCCAGGUCACUGAGGCACUGUUCCAGCAGAUCUUCCGGCAUUAUGGCCUUCCGGAGGACAUCCUCUCCGACAGUGAGGCGACCAUGUUCCAUCCUGGUGAUCGGUGACAAAAUCAAUGGACAGAGUCUCCCUGCUGGAGUAUGCUGGGGCGAUUUAGUUUGGGCACAUACUGAACAUAAACUGACAUAGUGAGCCACAUCCUGCGCCAAGGUGGGCCACCAGUAUUUAUUGGAGAUGGAGUGAAUGGUGCGGGUAAUACCUGGGUGUCCAGUGGUGAGAGAUGUGGGCGCCCAAGUCAACAGCCUAUCGCUUACCUCCGUGGGGACGUAGAUGCGCUCAGGAGGGCAGGUAGCGGGCGUGGGUUCCCUCUCCAGAUCCUGGCAGAUGUCUACAUCUACAUCCCAAAACAAGGGGCCAACUAUACGGGAGGAUGGAAUAUGAGGCUGGAGGGCGCUUACCGCACUCUCAAUCGACAUGGACCCACAGGGUGAAAGGAAGCAGGUCUUCCGGCAUCCUGGUGCCCUGGCGGGGAUCUUCAUCCUUGACAAGGAGAUGGUGGGGUUAUACUGUUGGAGCCAUGGCAGGUCGAGGAUGACUUUGUGCGCGGGUGCAGUGAUGAUGGAAGGCUCUCCUGGUGCAUUGGUCCCACGGUAAGGGUGAUUGGUGCUGUGAGUGAUAUUUCCAUGUCCCAGUGGUCGACCAUCAAGCGCUUGAACCCGGAAAUGGAGAGGAGAGCGGGUUUGAGAGUAUGUUCAGGGAGGAGGCAAGGGCCUGGUCAAUAAAAUUCCCUGUGGCACCAGAGUCCACUAGAGCAGUAGAUACCACAGAUGAGGGACAGCCUGCUAGUGAAGAUACUAGAAAGGGUUUGGCGGAAAGUGAUGAUGGUGGAAUACUCACGCCAAACCCAGGAGACGGAUAAUCACGGAACCGUCCCGCUGCUCUUGUGGACACUGGGUUAGGACGUAUUGGACACCACUGAAGCUGGCGCACCUCCUGUCCGCAAUAGGGACAGAGCCUCAGCUGUUUCCGACUGUGGCGCUCAGCCGUGGGAAGGUGCAUGGCCCCUACCUCCAUAGGUUCAGGCUCUGACUCAGAAUGGUCAAGGAAGGAGGGAGAGAGGUGAUGGUGAUGCCGACGCUCCCGAAGAAGGUUAUCCAGAUGGAUGGCCAUCAUGAUAAGUGCGUCCAAGGAGUGGGUGUCAUCUCGGCACGCCAACUCCAUCUGGACCUCUUCGCACAAUCCUCUUCUGAAUAGGGUGCGGAGUGCCGGCUCAUUCCAUCUGCUGGAUGCUGCCACUGUAAGGAAGGCGAGGGCAUACACCGCAGCAGUCCGGCCUUCCUGCCACAGUUGAAGUAAGAGCUCGCCUCCAUCUCUGCCCUCGGGUGCAUGGUCGAAGACCCGCCUAAACAGAGCCAUGAACCCCUCAUACGAAUCCAGCUCUUCCUCUCCUCUCUCCCAGACAGCCGUAACCCACUCCAAUGCCAGUCCAGUCAGCAGGGAAAUAACCGUGGCAAUUUUGGACAUCUCGGUGGUGGGGCUCCCAUCUGAUGAGUGAAAUAGAGGGAGCACUGGAGUAGGAAGCCAGGGGAGGGACAAAUGGACCUCACUGACCUGGACAGACUGCUGGAUGGGCUGGAAUACUGUCUCGCUGGGUCGACUGGUGGUUGAUAAUCCCCCGCCCGAGGGAGGUGAUGCCCCUUAGGUAACGUUGAGACGAUGCAGAACGAGAGGACCUCUUCCAUAGCCGUUCCCAGUUGAGCCAGCUGGUCAUGGUGUUGGCGAAGUAGGUUUCCCUGUUUGCUGACCAUAUGGGAGAAGCCUUGAUCAACUGCUGCUUCCAUAAUAUUGAGGCGUUAUUCUGUAACGUAGACACUGAGAGUCAGGAAGCAGGUGGAGAGUUUAAUAAAACAAUAAACAAUACAAAAACAGGAGAAGCUUCGGGACAUGGAAACAGAGUCAAUAACACCUGAUGGGAAAUAACAAGAGAAUGCUAAAUAUAUUGGGAGUAAUCCAGAAGGUGAGAGUUCAGGUGUGCCUGAUGAUGAGGCGCAGGUGUGCGUAACGAUGGGUAGCCAGGGCCGGUGGUUAGUAAACCGGCGAUGUCGAACGCUGGAGGGGAGGAGCAGGAGUAGAUAAGACAGUAACGUUUUUAAAAAAAUGGAAAGAGUGAAGGGGUCUGAAUACUAGCCUCGUUAUUGUUAUCUAUUAUUUACAUUUUUUAUUAGUAAUUUUAUUUUUCUUAUUUUUUAACUCUGCAUUGUUGGGAAAGAGCUAGGAAGUAAGCAUUUCACGUUAAAGUCUACACCAGUUGUAUCCGGCACAUAAUUUGAUUUGAGUUGGUGUUAUUUGCGACCCGCUCAGUUUUCCACCACAAUACACCAGAAAUGGCCAUAAAUAGUAGAACCAGCUUACCUGCUUUUACACUAUUUGACUAUUAGAUGGGUAAAUCUAUUUUAAUUCAAUCAUUUUCUGACAACAUCGCUUUUGUUUUAAACAAAACUUUACAGGCAUGUUUGCCCAUGGAAGAAGUGGUCAGAAAUACCUUUUUUGACCCGAAUGAUAAAGGUGUUCAAAGUUCACCAAUUAUUACCUCCCCUAUAUUUGUCAGUUCCCCAGCUCUGUUCCCCGCUGCUGCAGUGAUUGUCGAAUGUCGUUGUGUUGCCGGUGUGCCUGUCUUGUUUCAUGUCUGUUCUUUAUUACUGUGUUAACUCCCCGUACCUGCUUUUCAUCUCCAGCGUCGGUCCUUACACCCCACCACACAAUGAGACAUCCAUGUCUUCAUCACUGGAAAAGAUAAACAGUUGAGUUUAUAAUUUAAAAGCUUACAAACAGUGUUGGCCAACCAUGUUAUUAUUUAUUCUACAAUGGGCUAAUAUGUAUGCAAGGUUUUGUUCAAAUCAAAAGGGCUGCUGUCAAAAGUGAUUGAAUUUAAAAGGAUUUUGAAACAAAUAUUGAAAAAGGAAUAGUUUUACCAUAUUAAAACGAGAAUUCAGUUCACGUAACAGGGUUGCCUUUAGAAUGUGGGACAGAUGUUUAUAUGAAUCACAAAUCACAUGAAAUAAAUAAUAAUCUUCAGAAAUGACUUCGUCAAAGCAUCAACAUAACUAGGGCUUUAGUGAUGGUGAGAACUUGGAGAAAUGUUGGAUUAAAAUCUUCCUGGAAGUCACAGAGGGUGCACGGAUGCAACAUUUUGGCACUUUAGCAAGUCUUUAUUCAUAUUAAAAAUCGGAUUUAUUGAAUUC